GCUAUUAAAAUUCUCUAUAUAUACUCUAAUGUAUCAUCACUCAAUCACUACACAAACGAAACAACAAAAGUAUGGAGGUGGGCAGCAAUGGUAGUGCUGUGAAAGCGGAGGAGAACACAAAGUGUAAAGAUGUGAAGGCAAGCAAAGUUGGUGGCAUCAAAACAAUGCCAUUCAUUCUUGCAAAUGAAAUAUGCGACAGAUUUGCAGCGACAGGAUUCCAUGCUAAUAUGAUAACCUAUUUGACCGACCAAUUGAAUUUGCCACUAGUGAAGGCCUCUAAUACCCUCUCCAACUUUGCUGGAACAGCCAGCUUCACACCGCUCAUCGGAGCUUUGAUCGCCGACUCCUUUGCCGGCCGCUUCUGGACCAUCACCAUCGGUUCCAUCAUCUACGAACUGGGAAUGAUAAGCAUUACUAUAUCAGCAGUGGUACCAUCACUACGGCCAGCUGCAUGUAGAGAUGGAGUGAAUUGCGAGGAGGCUUCAAAUCUUCAGCUAUGGGUUCUUUACAUGUCUCUUCUUCUAACAUCUCUCGGCACCGGUGGCAUUAGGCCCUGUGUGGUAACGUUUGCAGCUGACCAAAUAGACAUGAAAAAAUCGAGCGUGGAAUCCCGGAGUUGGAAUUUUUUCAAUUGGUACUAUUUUAUCAUGGGAAUGGCCACUCUCACUGCACUCACAGUCGUUGUUUAUAUCCAAGAUAAUGUUGGGUGGGGCUGGGGGCUGGGCAUCCCAACUAUAGCCAUGGCCGUGUCCGUACUGGUUUUCGUGUUUGGCUCCCCUCUUUAUGUGAAGUUGAAACCCGGAGGCAGCCCCCUUGUUAGAUUGGCCCAAGUGGUUGUUGCUGCUUUCAACAGCAGGAAACUUAAACUUAAUGAUCCUCCCCAUUUGUAUCACAAUCACGAGCUCGAUGCGAAUAUUUCUGUCACUGGAAGGCUCGUACACACCCAGCAAUUCAAAUGGCUUGACAAAGCGGCCAUAGUAAGAGAAGGUGAUUUGAAUCUUUGGAAGGUAGCCACAGUGCAUAGAGUUGAAGAGCUGAAAUCAAUCAUCAGAAUGCUGCCCAUUUGGGCUGCGGGAAUCUUACUCGUAACUUCUUCCUCACAUAUCCAUAGCUUUGUCAUCCAACAAGCUCGCACUAUGGAUCGCCACUUCGCUCAUCAUUCCUUUGAAAUCCCACCGGCUUCCUUAUCCGUCUUCAGUGUUCUCACCAUGCUAACAGGCCUCGUCCUCUACGAGCGCCUUUUCGUGCCACUGGUUCGUAGAUUCACCGCCAACCCGUCAGGAAUCACUUGCCUACAAAGAAUGGGCGUAGGGUUUUUGGUUAACAUAAUCGCGACUGUGGUUUCCGCAGUAGUCGAAAGCAAGCGAAAAUCCGUGGCAGCCCAUCACAACUUACUGGAUGAUCCUAAAGCCAUUAUUCCAAUAAGUGUGUUCUGGCUAGUUCCUCAAUACUGUCUCCAUGGAAUAGCCGAAGUUUUCAUGUCUGUCGGGCACUUAGAGUUUCUGUAUGAUCAGUCCCCUGAAAGCAUGAGAAGCACAGCUGUGGCACUCUACUGGAUUGCCAUUUCUAUUGGAAACUAUUUGGGUACAGCUUUGGUGACGCUAGUGCAUGAUUAUACAGGCAAGGAUAACAAUUGGCUGCCUGAUAGGAAUCUUAACAGGGGGAAGCUGGAUUACUAUUAUUGGCUAAUCACAGGAAUUCAAGUUGUAAAUCUUGUUUAUUAUGUAAUCUGUGCUUCCCUUUAUACAUGCAAACCCUUGGAAGAAGAAAUUCCAUAUACAAAUGGAGAUAAAGAGAUGGAGCAUGCUGAAAAUCAGCAACUUAUCAUUGUUUAAUGGUCUAAUGUCUUAAAGAACUCCGACCUUUUAGCCCUUUUUCAAUCAUACCCUGACGUUGAAAAUUUGUCAAUUUUACCCUAUUUUGCAUUUUUGUGUUUCAAUUGUACCCUAAAAAAUUAAAUUAACGUCAUUUUCGUUUGGAAAUUUGUUUAAAACAUUCUCCAUGUCUAGCAUAUAUUAAUUGUACGUUUUUAAAAUUUAUUUAAAUUUAGUUAAAUUAAUUAAGAAUUUAAGUUAGUGUUAAUAUGAUUAUGGGUUUUAGUUAGUUUUUAAAAAUAAAGGACUUAUUUGUACUUUUUUGAAUAAAAAAAAAUUUAAUUUCAUGUUUGAACUUAGUUAAUUGAAUGAUUUCAUCAUUUAAGUUAAACAAUUAACAAAAAUUAAAAAAUUGGGGUACAAUUGAAAACGGAAAAUUCAAAAGUGGGUAAAAUUGACAAAUUUUCAACGUCGGGGUGGAAUUGAAAAAAAAAUUAAAGGUGAGGGUUUUUUGAAUGAUUAGACCUUGUUUAAUUAUGAAAUUUCUAUGUCUUCUCAUGCGCCUAAUUUUAACAGUCAAUUAAUUUAAAUAUUAAUACUAUUCCUCUUUAACUUUUUUAUAA